AUGCCAAGUGAUGGUGGAGGUGAGAGAACCAAAUCUAGUGCUGGGGUUGGUGAUACAAUAGGUGGUGGUAGUGCUGGCAUUGGCGUUGGUAGUGCUGUAGGCGGUGGAAUUGGUAGGGAUAUUGUAGAUGUAGGAGCAUGUGCCAUUAUUGCUCAAACUGGGGUUGUUGGUGGCUAUUGGAUAGGUGUAGGGGAUGCCUGUGGUAGAGGUGUAGUCAAUGGAAGUGCUAAUGGUGAAACCACUAAUGGUGGAGGUACAGUCGGUAGAAGUACUAGUGGUGGAGAUGGCAAUGCUGGUGGUUGGGAUGGACUUCGUACUGGAUUUGGCGGAGGUUGUCGUGUGGGACUUGAGGUGGCUGAUUGCGAUGGGGAUCUAAAAACAAUUUUGGUUGGAGGCACUAGUGAGGUUUUAAAGGUGAUAAUGGCGGUGGCAGUCAACGAUGGUGAUGUGGUGGCAAAACUGCAGCAUCUUCUCUAUGCAACGUGGAUGUGGGUGGUGUUGGUGAUGCUGUGGGUUGACGAUGUGGUGAUGGUGGUAUGGGAGAUCUGGUAG